AUGGCCGGGAAAUUGAUUUCCAAGAGAUUAGGAGUGUUUGCAUUGAUGUUUGUGUUUGCCAUAGGGAUAGCUGAGUGUAGAAAGUUUGAGAAGGAGAAUUUGGGUGGUGGUUUUGGUGGUGGUGCUGGUGCUGGAGGAGGGCUUGGUGGUGGUUUAGGAGGUGGAGCUGGUGGGGGUGCAGGAGGAGGGCUUGGAGGCGGCGGUGGGGGUGGAUUAGGUGGUGGUGCUGGAGGAGGGCUUGGCGGGGGUGCCGGUUUAGGAGGUGGUGGUGGUGCUGGAGGAGGGCUUGGUGGUGGUUUAGGAGGAGGAGCCGGUGGAGGUGGGGGUGCUGGAGGAGGGCUUGGUGGCGGUGCCGGUUUAGGAGGUGGAGCUGGUGGUGGUGCUGGAGCAGGUGGCGGUCUUGGAGGAGGGCUUGGUGGUGGGGGUGGUGCAGGUGGUGGAGUUGGAGGAGGAGCUGGUGGAGGAGGAGGAAUUGGAGGUGGUGCGGGUGGUGGAGUUGGAGGAGGUGUAGGUGGAGGUGGUGGAUUCGGUGGUGGUGGUGGUGCUGGUGGAGGAAUUGGAGGAGGAUUUUAA